AAAAUAUUUUUCUUAUAUCGUUUUUCCAGGAACAAUUUUCCUUGAACGGCAUGGUGCUAUAUUUCCUGCAAUCUUGAACGAUCUCAUCUAAUUUGGAGUUUGCGACAAAGCUAAAAAACUGUACAGCUUGUACGUCUGGCUUAAUAUAUGUACAUAAUAUAUAUUUUCUUUUUCGUCUGCAGAGACACAGCAUCCAUGGUAUGAUGGAGGAGGAGAACGUGAUCCGGCCACAUCAGGAGAUCGCGCAAUUAACUUUAGACGAAAAGAAGUUUCUGCUUGCGGUCGAGAGAGGAGACGUCGCCUCUACUAGACGGAUGCUUCAGAGAGCCGAAGAGACAGGAUACAUCAACAUUAACUGCGUGGAUCCACUUGGGCGCAGUGCUCUCUUGAUGGCCAUAGACAAUGAAAACCUCGAAAUGGUAGAACUUCUUAUCGAACACAAGGUGGAGACCAAGGAUGCACUAUUGCACGCAAUUUCGGAGGAGUUUGUUGAAGCUGUGGAGGUAUUGCUGGAGCAUGAGGAAACCAUACACAAGAAAGGAGAGCCACAUAGUUGGGAAGCUUUGCCUCCUGAUACCGCAACCUUCACCCCAGAUAUCACUCCCCUGAUUCUGUCCGCUCAUCGAGAUAAUUACGAGAUCAUCAAGAUCCUCCUGGACAGAGGAGCUACUCUUCCCAUGCCGCAUGAUGUACGGUAA